AUGGAGCAAGUUAAAUGUAUGCUUUUCCUUUUUCUCUUUUUUUUCCAGUUACCUCCCGUGGUUUGAAGUCUUUUAUAAGCUGCUCAAUGUCUUGGCAGAUUAUUCAGCAAAAGGACAGGAUAGUCAAAGGAGUGAGCUCCUAGAAACAUUUCAUAAACUCACCAUCCCUGAGCCAGGAACCUCUGUUCAUCUUGGAGUGCACUCUUACUUUACUGUGCCUGACACCAGAGAGCUUCCCAGUAUACCUGAAAAUAGGAACCUGACGGAGUACUUUGUGGCAGUGGAUGUGAACAACAUGCUGCACCUCUACGCCAGCAUGCUGUACGAGCGCCGCAUCCUCAUCUGCUGCAGCAAGCUGAGCACUUUAACUGCCUGCAUCCAUGGCUCUGCAGCCAUGCUCUACCCGAUGUUCUGGCAGCACGUUUACAUCCCUGUUCUGCCCCCACAUCUGCUGGACUACUGUUGUGCCCCCAUGCCCUACCUCAUCGGGAUACACUUAAGUCUGAUGGAGAAAGUCCGAAGCAUGGCCCUGGAGGACGUGGUGAUUCUGAACGUGGACACCAACACGCUGGAAACGCCUUUCGAUGACCUUCAGAGCCUCCCCAAUGACGUGGUUUCUGCACUGAAGAACAGAUUGAAGAAAGUCUCUACAACCACUGGAGAUGGUGUGGCAAGAGCGUUUCUAAAAGCGCAAGCAGCUUUCUUCGGGAGCUACAGAAACGCCCUGAAAAUUGAACCUGGGGAGCCCAUCACGUUCUGUGAGGAGGCGUUCGUGUCGCACCGCUCGGCUGUCAUGAGGCAGUUCCUCCAGAACGCCAUCCAGCUCCAGCUCUUCAAGCAGUUCAUUGACGGGCGUCUGGACCUGCUGAACUCCGGGGAGGGCUUCAGUGACGUGUUCGAGGAGGAGAUCAACGCAGGCGAAUACGCAGGCAGCGACAAACUGUACCACCAGUGGCUCUCCACAGUGAGGAAAGGAAGUGGGGCCAUUUUAAACACAGUAAAGACCAAGGCCAACCCUGCCAUGAAGACUGUCUAUAAGUUUGCAAAAGAUCAUGCGAAAAUGGGAAUAAAGGAAGUGAAAAACCGCUUGAAGCAAAAGGACAUUGCUGAGAACGGGUGCUCGGCCGUGCCGGAGGAGCCCCUGCCCAGGACAGCUCCGUCACCACUGGGGGAGAAGAAGGACCCGAAACUAAGGGAGGACAGAAGACCAAUCACAGUACACUUCGGGCAGGUUCGCCCGCCCAGGCCUCACAUUGUCAAGAGACCCAAGAGCAACAUCGGAGUAGAGGGACGGAGGACUUCGGUUCCCAGCCCGGAACACCUGGUAAAGCCCAUGCGACACUAUACUGUCUUCCUCUCGGAGGACUCCUCUGAUGAUGACUUUCAGCAGGAAGAGGAUCCUGUCUCUGGCUUCUCUGAAAACUUUUUCUUCUCUGCUCCUUUCGAAUGGCCUCAGCCCUACCGCGCCCUGAAGGAGUCGGACAGCGCCGAUGGGGAGGACUCGGCCAGUCCCGACAGAGCGCGGGAGCCGCUGCCCGCCAGCCCCCUGCUCGCCAGCACGGCCACGGACCUCAACCUGCUGGAAGACAUCUUCCCAGGCCUGCAGGUGGAACCCCAGCCUCAGCCCCUGAGCCAAGCCAAGAGCCUGGAAGACCUGCGGGUGCCCCCGGAGGAGGACGAGCAGCGCUGCUCCUUCGAGUACCAGAGGAUGGACCUGGGGGUGUCCGAGAGGAGCAGGAUUGUGCCAACCAUGAAGCUGUCCCACCCCUACAACAAGCUGUGGAGUAUGGGCCAUGACGAUAUGGCCAUUCCCACCAAGUAUUCCCAGAGCUCGCCAGAAAGGUCCCUGAGUGCCCUGGGAAACGGGCCCCCGGUCAGCAGGAGACCCCGGAGCAGGGACAGUGGUCUGGCUCCCGCAGAGAAGGAUGAACUCAACCCUGCCCUCCAAGGGAACAUCACCAUUCCCAGGCCACAGGGCAGGAAGACUCCGGAACUGGGGAUAGUGCCGCCACCACCACCAGCACCCAGGGCUUCCAAGCACCAGGCUGCAGCGGGGUCAGUGGAGAUCCUCCCCGCUCCUGGGCGGGUGUCUGAUCUCAUCCCAGAGCCCUUUGGAGCAGGGCACGUGUCCUUGGAGCCUGAAAUCCAGCAGGCUGGGAAUUACUGCCCUCACCCAUCUCAGCUGCUGUCCAGCGCUGCCAGCACCGCUGAGGUGCUGCAGCCUGUCAAGGUGAAGACAGAAGGUGCAGGUAAUGACAGUGACUUCCUUCUGGACCUGCUGGACCCGCUGAGAACGGCGGGCUGGGAGAGCCAGGCCCCACAGCGAGGGCCCCCCAGCCUGCCCAGCUCGGCCCCCCCGCCACCCACGGCUGCCUUUGGCCUGGGGGGGAGUGACUUUGUGCCUCCUGCAGCUGCACCAUUUGUCCAGCCCCUGGGCUACCCCUCCCCAGCUCCACCACCUUUUCUACAGCCAUCCCCUAAUCCCUUCACCCAGACACUGCCAGGAGCCCUCCCAGUGUCCCUGGUCAGACCCCCGAGGGGCUCCUUCACCCCCUCCUUAGGUCACGCCUACAGCUCCAGCUUCAUAACACCCGGUGGCUUCUACCCACCACGGAGACCUCAGCCCAACCUGUCAACUCUGUCCAUGCCAAACCUGUUCAGCCAGGCUCCAGCUGUGCCAGCAGCUGGCUCCUUGCUCCUGCAGAGCCCCUCUGCCUCCAGCUCCCUGCAGGCAGCGUGUCCCAGUGGGCCCUCCAAGCCCCCAACGUUACAGGUGGGCCAGUCCAGCACAAAGGUAGAUCCCAGACAGGCUCUGGCUCUCCUGGCCAGUGAACGCCCCCUGCUCCCUGCCAGGCCAGCCAAGGGCCUGGAGUCAGUGUUACUGUCCUCAAAGGCUGAGGAGACAAAAGAUCCAUUUGAAGAUCUGUUACAAAAGACCAAGCAGGACGUGUCACCCACGCCAGGUAAGGUGGAACAGCUCAGAAAGAGAUGGGAAACCUUUGAGUGACACUCGCUGGCCUUGGUGUCCCUUUGGAAGUGACAGAGGGGGUUUUUGGUUUUUUUGAGCCAGCAUAAAACCAAGCAUUUCUUUUACAGAAGGCUGAGCCAGGACAGCUGCAGGACCAUCACUGAGCUGCACUCCCACACGAGGGGGUUUGCCCAGAGUCCCCUCUUGUCCCGGUCCCUGCCUUGGCUCCCUCCCUCCCCCCCCAAACCCCGGGAUUCCUGCACUGACCAAAGCUGAGGGGAGGGGGCUGGGUUGGGUUUUCCACACACAGCUUUCCAGGCAGUACCACUGAUGCAGAGUUACUCCUUCCCUGUAUUUUCAGUCCUUGGCACACGGCACACACUGCUGGGGCUCAGUCC